CAGUUACCUCCUGUCCCCAUGGUGACCACUUUACCCAGUAACGCAAUGUCAGUAGUGAGCCAGUCUUCGUUUGGGGCUCGCACCGCAGACAUCGCCCGAGGGAGGACGCAGCCUCUGACGGCCUUCGUCUAGUUUAUCGGGCAUUCGGUGGCAAACCCACUGGAUAUCGCUCAUCGGCCUCUCGCAGGUACAAGAAUUUCUGGUGGUGAAGUGUUUUUAGUCGACUGGGCUCCGUGUCUAGAUUCGGAGGCUUCUUAUACGAUAUGAAGUGUUUCAAACGACCUACUUCGAGAAUAUUUGAUGUAGAAGCUUUGUGACUUCCGACAUGUGUCAAACCCACUGUCCAGUUCGGUGUGAGGUCGCAGCAGAACGCAACAUCAUUGCCAACAAUAAUAAUUAACUGGUGAUUUAAUUUCAACAAGAUACUGCUGGAUAUCGUAAGUUGUGAAAAAUUAGUGGUACAACAGAGAAACACUGCCUUCAACGACGCACUGAGAAGGAUCCACCGGACCUGCUCUUCGAGUGAACAAGAUUGUUUGUUCUUCAGUUCUGGAUUUCAAGGUCGACAUGGGGUGCAGGUUCACGUGUGUGGACAAGGCGCUCCACAUCUCGUUCUACCACCUGGGGCUCAUCGUCGGACGACACCCGGGUUACUUCCUCAUUGUGCCGAUCCUCCUCACACUUCUUUGUGUCACCGGCUUCCAAAGGGUCAAGUACGAGAUGGACCCGGAGUACCUCUUCAGUCCCUUGAGCGGGGAAGGCAAAGUGGAGCGAGCCAUUGUGGAGUCUUACUUCAAACCAAACUACACCAGCAGGUUCAACGUGGGUCGCAUCACCAGGCCAGGGCGAUUCGGGCGGGUGAUCGUGGUUCCAAGACACGGGAAGGAUAUGUUGAAGAGCGAGAUCUGGCACGAACUGCGGCUGCUGGACCAGUUGAUCCAGAACGAGACAGUUCACUGGGACGAGGAGGAGACGUUCACCUACCGGGACGUGUGCGCGCGGUGGGUGGACGAAUGCUUCCAGAACGACGUGCUGAACCUCGACUACGUCAUCGAAGAAGUCGAGAACCGGACCCUGAACCUCACGUUCCCCAUCAUGUUCAACCCCGUGACGUGGGACGCCCACGCGUUCCCAGUCUACUUCGGGGGCACCGUCGUCAGUGAGGACGGGCUCAUCAUCAGCGUGCCCUCCGUGCAGUUGGUCUACUUCGUCACCGCCGACACCAAGCGGCAGGAUGCAAGAGGUGCAGCUUGGGAGGACGCUUUCCUGAGUGCGGUGGGGCGAGCCGAAGAAAACCACGUGUUCCGCUACAUAUCCACUGCCAGGUUCGCAAGUCGAACUCUGGACAUCGAGUUGGAACGCAACACGCGGACCGUGGUGCCGUACUUCAGCACUACGUUCGUCAUCAUGGCCGCAUUCUCGAUGGUGUCGUGCUGGAUGGCGGACUGGGUCCGCGCCAAGCCCUGGCUCGGCCUCCUGGGAAACAUCUCCGCGUGCAUGGGCACCGCCGCUGCCUUCGGCGUCACCAUGUACCUGGGCGUCGAAUUCAUCGGCAUCAACCUCGCGGCGCCUUUCCUCAUGCUCGGUAUCGGAAUUGACGACACGUUUGUGAUGCUGGCGGCGUGGAGGAGGUCGUCCGCUCAGCUGUCGGUUCCGGAGCGAAUGGGCCGGAUGCUGAGCGAGGCAGCCGUGUCCAUCAGCAUCACCUCCAUCACCGACAUGAUCAGCUUCUGGAUUGGCAUAAUCAGCCCGUUCCAGUCCGUCCGCAUAUUCUGCAUCUACUCUGGUUUCGCCGUCUGCUUCACGUUCAUCUGGCACAUCACAUUCUUCGCUGCCUGUGUCGCCGUCGCUGGUUACGCCGAGCGCAAAAACCUACAUUCCAUGAUCUGCGUCAAGGUGGACCCCGUAUCCAAAUCUGACAAGAAAUCAUGGCUGUACCGCAAGUUCUGUGUGGGAGGCCUAGACCUCGAUGACCCAGAUAACCCAAGGGAUAACAAGGAACAUUGCAUCAUGGCCUAUUUCCGCGACAACAUGGCGCCGUUCCUGAGUCGGUGGCCGGUGAAGGUGGUGGUCAUGACGACCUUCGUCUGCUACAUUGCCGGGGCUUGCUACGGCAUCUCAGUCAUGGAGGAAGGCCUGGAACGGCGUAAACUGUCACGGUCGGAUUCCUAUUCUGUGGAGUUCUACGACCGUGAGGAUUUUUACUUCCGGGAGUUUCCAUACAGGAUCCAGGUCAUCAUUAGUGGAGAAUUGAAUUACUCAGAUCCAGUGAUUCAAGCAGAAGUGGAGAAUCUGACCCAGACAUUUGAGAACACAACUUACAUCUCAUCUCCACUCUACACAGAAUCAUGGUUAAGAUCUUUUGUUGGCUACGUUCGUCGGAACCAAGAUUACCUCAACGUGUCUAUCGAUACUGAAGAUGACUUCAUCAGGACACUGAAAGAGCUGUGGUUGUUUAAACCAAAUCCGUUUUCCCUUGACGUGAAGUUCAACGACGACGGCACACGCAUCAUCGCGUCACGAUUCCUUAUACAGGCAGUUAACAUCAGUGACACAAAUGGAGAAAAAGAGAUGGUUCGAGCCCUGAGGAACAUCUGUCACCAUUCACAUCUGAACGUCAGUGUUUUUCACCCAUAUUUUGUCUUCUUUGAUCAGUUUGAACUGGUACGUCCGACAUCCAUCCAGAGCAUGGUAAUUGGCGCCCUCGUCAUGAUGGUGGUGUGCUUCAUUUUCAUUCCCAACAUUCAGUGCUGCCUCUGGGUCGCCCUGUCCAUCAUCUCCAUCGAGGCUGGAGUCGCAGGAUAUAUGGCGCUUUGGGGGGUGAACCUGGACUCCAUCUCAAUGAUUAAUCUCAUCAUGUGCAUCGGAUUCUCCGUCGAUUACACGGCGCACAUAUGUUACGCUUGUAUGUCAUCGCAAGGAAGCACCCCUGAGGAGCGUGUGAAGGAAAGCCUAUAUGCCCUAGGCCUGCCUAUUAUCCAAGGCGCUAGCAGCACAAUCCUUGCAGUUAUAAGCCUUGUCCUUGCAGGAAGUUACAUAUUCUUGGUGUUUUUCAAGAUGGUGUUCCUUGUGGUGUUCUUUGGGGCAAUGCAUGGCCUCUUCCUUCUGCCAGUAUUGUUAUCCCUCUUUGGACCUGGCUCUUGUACGGCCUCCAAGAAGCGAAAACCAUUAGACAAAGAGCCAUCUGACACGAAGCGUCCUUCUGAUGUGGAGAAAACAUUCCCUCAUCCAUUCUGUAUUCCUCAUCCUUCCCUAAACCCCGUAAGCCACAGUAAUUUUAUGCACAGAUGCACAAACGGCGAGCUGAAAUCUUCAUCACCAAAGCAUUUUGCAAAACAUAAGGAAGGCAAUUAUCACCCCAGGAAUGUAGAGAAUGAGGGAAAGCUGGGAAAUUGCCCACACUUUGGCAUCCCAUUGCCAGGUCUGCCAAGUCAUAUGAAGAUGUAUAGUGGAGGAAAAUAUGGUGGUACAUCUGGAUCCUUGGAAAAAGAUCUGGGAUUAGGAACAUCCGGAGAAGAUUCUAGCGAGUCGAGUUCCAGCAAGUCCCAACGCCGUCUGCAGCAAAGGGAAGAGGCAGGCGAGGAUUAUGAACAGAGCAGACAUCAAAAGGAUGGCUGGCGGAAGUCACCUUCGGCCCGUCCUUCUGGAGCAGAAGUCUGCCGGGGAAGGCCACAAGAAUUCCAGCCUCCACACCUCAUGGAAGUAUACGCCAAUUCUGGAUAUCUUAGCGACGAGGGAGGGCAGCAUCACAGGAGCCGGGACCGAGCCGCCGCGUGGAAUAGGAACCGCCCACAUGACAACUUUAGGCAAUAUUCACCUCGGUCCAAGUCUCAAAACAACCAUUACCAACACCACCAUUCACGCAGUGUGCCGAGUUACAUAGGAGAAAUGAAAUUUCCAUGACAAAGGAACAGACACAAGCCAUAACAGAUCAAAACAGUCCUACCAGUGACUUAUCCCAGAAAAGGGCUACAGUGCGACUACACACAAAUUAUACACGGGGUUUACAUGGAAAAUGUGAAAACUAGCCGACAAGAUCCACGGUUGCAUUGCGAGAAAAAAACGCUUGCUCUGAAGGUCUUCGGAGUGUUACACAAAUUAGUAACAUCUUGCAUACUUGGGAAUGUCCCACAUUUCUGCGCCUUAGCCUCAGUCUCAGGAAGAUUUGCUGAUUUCAGAAACAAUAAAAUGUCAAGAGAUUUCUAUUUUUGCACUCAACAGAGAUGAAGUGGCACGUGGAACAUAUAUAACACGGACGUUCAUGAUUCAUAUUAGGGUAGACAACCAAGGAGAGAUGGUCUGGACAAAGCAAGAAAUGUACAUACAAUUUUGGAAAGAAGAUUGUGCCAGAUAGUAGGACCUUAGAGAAUUAGGUUGUGAGGAUGUGAACUGGCUCAGUAUAAUGUACAGUUGUGGGUUCUGGUUUUAGCGGUGUUAAAACAGGGCCAGUUUUGAUACCCACAACAUGUGUUCUAUGUUCCGAUGUUGACAAUUAAGCAACCGUCUGAAAGAAGUCAUGGUUGGAAAAAGGGGGGGGGGCACUUGCCAGUCACAGGAUGUGCGUACUGUACUGUAUUUAAACACAGGUGUUUUGUAUAAGCCAAAGACACUGGCAACAGUCUACAUUAGAAGAGUGAAUUUUUGCAUCCUCAA